GUUUGGGCGGAGUCAAAACAAACAUUUCCUUCUGCGCAUGCCAAUCGGAACUUGGGAAAUUGGAACGAUUGGCUGUUUUGACACUGACAGUUCGCACUUUUCCAAAUGUUUGACGUUUCACUUGUGAACUCUGCUCUGCAGAGAUUCUUCUGCUUUCAGUUCUAUUUUCGGUUCCUCCAAAAGUAUUUCCCGAUCGCGAGGCUAUAAAUCUUCGAUUUUUCGUGCGAGUGGUCAUUACGAGGAGCCACGCUACACGUUUGUUUACAAUUUCCUCUCGAUGUUUUCGCACCCAAUGUGAAUUUGUGAAAAUUUUCGCCCUCGAUAAAUUCGGUCACGGUUCCUAACCUGAAAGCGGGUUGUGCAAAUUUGGUUGCGUAGUUCUAUUUCAGCCGCCGAGAGUUCGGGCAUUUUCUAUUUGCGUCGUGUACAGUGUAUUGUUGUGAAGUGAAAAAUGCCCGGAAAAGUUGGUGUGAAAAUCAAAGCAGGUCGCAAUCUGCCGGUGAUGGACCGUAGCAGUGACACCACCGACGCAUAUGUAGAAAUCAAAUUGGGAAAUGUUACUCAGAAGACGGACGUGUGCCGCAAAAGUCUGAACCCACAAUGGAAUACCGACUGGUUUCGGUUUGAACUAGAUGAUGCUGAAUUGCAGGAUGAACCUUUACAAAUCCGUUUAAUGGAUCAUGAUACAUACUCAGCCAACGACGCUAUUGGCAAAGUGAAUAUAAGUUUAAACCCCCUAUGUCUGCAAAACUCAAAUGUAUCAAGUCACGGAAAAGGAGUUGUCAUGUCAGGGUGGAUACCCGUUUUCGAUACCAUGCACGGAAUACGUGGUGAAGUCAACGUUAUCGUAAAAGUUGAUUUAUUCUCAGAUGCAAAUAAAUUUCGACAAAGUUCGUGUGGUGUGCAAUUUUUUCAUUCUCCGAAUGUACCUCAUGGAUAUCGAGCGCAAGUUAUACAUGGUUUUGUUGAGGAGCUGGUUGUUAAUGACGAUCCGGAGUAUCAAUGGAUUGAUAAGAUUCGAACUCCAAGGGCAUCGAAUGAAGCCAGACAAGUUGUGUUUUUGAAAUUAUCAGGACAGGUGCAACGAAAAAUCGGUCUCAAAGCAAUCAAUUUGGGAGCAAAUGCAGUCAUUGGUUACACCCAAUGUUUCGAUCUAGAAGGUGACGUUGGUGUAGUAGCUCGGGGCAUUGGAACAGCAGUGACUUUGGUAAAAAUACAGGAAAUUCCUCAACAGCCGAUUCAGGAUAAUGCUCUAAUAGAAGAGCCUGCCGUUGAAUAUUUGCGAUCCUUCGAACGCGGCAAAAGGCAUGGGUCUAUUAGUAAAUUCGACGCAGAGUCGAGUAGUAACUCCUCAAAUGAUAUUGUUAGCAAAAUUCUCGGAAUAGACACAGCAGAGAAGGCUGCGACUAAUAUUGUUUUGAAUAAAAAGUGGCAAGAAAAUCAAAACACCUUGAAGGAGAUCAAUGAAAACGAGGAUGUAAAAGACAUGCAACAGUUGUUCGAUCAAGAGGAUCAGAGAAACGAACAACCCAAGCGUCGUUUCGGAUAUCGAGUCCAAAAUAUCAGAAACUCAGCUAAGAAUUUAUAUCAUGAUAAAUUAAGGAAAUUGAAGAUGAAAAAAAUGAAAGAAGACCAGUCGGAAAAUACGUCCAUGAGCAGCUCGUAUUCAGACUUAUCGCGUUCUCGAACUUCUCUUCAAGAUUUGAAGAAUAUAUUCCCGUUCAACAAAAACAAGUCUGCAAUCAACAGAUCUACUAGCGAAGGAACUGCAAUGGCAACUUUAAUCGUAAGCUCAAUAAUCCGUGGUACAAGCUUGCAAUCUAUAUCUGAACACAAUGACGGGGACUCUCAGCAAUUAGAUAAAAAUGAGCAUGUAAAAUCUGAAUCGCUUUCAGCUCUGCCAACAUCUAAACGGGCUUCAACUCGUCGCAAACUAAAGCAGACGGAAGCAUCUGAGGAAUCUAUUUCAACAUCAUCUAUUUCAUCUUCUACUACUGAAGAGGAAGGCUCAGAUGCAUGCUCUCGCCCAGAAGUUCCCAAUGAGAUUGUAAUUGUCGAUGCAGACACAGUGAACAUGGUUAUGAAAACCGUAUUAGCCCAAGACGACGAAGAAGAGAACGAAUGGAUUCAGCCGGGGACGACACGUGGCCCAGGCAGUGAGUCACAACUCGAUAGACUUUCCGAUUCCAAUCACAAAUUGCAUCGUAUUGGAACUAAGAUUUCAAUGAGAAAUGAUGAACCAAUGGUGGUGAAUUUGGGAGCAUUGCAACCGGUCGAUCCGGAUGCGGCUGGUUGGAUUGAACCUGGCUCUACAACCGAUGAGCCUGAAGUGGAUGAAAAGGAUCGACGUGGUUCGAUAUUGCAUGAUUUAAAAGAAAAUAUUUCAGAAAAGAUUCAUUCUUUGCAGUCUAUUAUGAGAUUACCUAUUCGUUUCCAGGAGCAUAUGCAUCUACCAAGUUUUACAGAAGGCAAACAUAAAGAUCAUACACACGGUUUACUAGAAACGGCUAUGGAAACAAUGCUUAUAGAAAAAGCCAACAUAUUAGGUGUCGAGGCAGCUGCUGCGUCUUCCGAUGAACCAGUAGAACAACCAGAAACGACCGACUCAAAAUCUGAGACCAACGUUUCACCCCUUAAAGUGAAUCGACCCUCAAUAAAAAAAUUUAAUUUAUCAACUUUUCGAAGGAAGAAGAAAGCAAAUGGAGCGCUUGUUAAUAACUCAGGACUUGUUGGCAGUGCAAUGCAGACAAUGCUUUUAGAGCAAGUAAAUUUGGCUGAAGAAUUUGGAGACCUACCGAAAUGUCUGCCACAAUUUGAUUCAGCAAGUGAAACCGAAUCGAAUGCUGCCUACGUUGCUAGCGAUAAGGAUCUGUCCCAAUCCGGAGAAUCAUAUGAGUCUAGGGAUCGACCUACGGGCUAUAGAUGCGCUCCACUGGCCGAACCAGAAUCCUCAGAGAUCGGCCGUAUUACUAUACCAGCUAUGUCACUCACUCAAAUUGCAUCUCCGACAAGUGAAAGAGGUUCCUUCUAUUCAUCUGAGCCUCAAUUGAGUCAGAAUAUAGGGGAAAUCGAUCGUAAUUUAGAUGCAGAUGGACUGCCGUUUAUUUCGCUAACAAAUUUGAAACUAAAUCACGAAGUUCCCGAAUCGAAACCCUUGCAAUAUCACAAUCAUGCAGUAGAUAUCAAAUCGGAAACUUCCCCUAUCCACACACCCGAUUCAAUACCCAAUCCACACAUCAAAUCAUCAGAUUUAUCAGUACCUACUGCACCAUUGCCAUCACAAUCUACCAAUUAUUCUCCUUCAUGCCCACAAGUAGAUCUUCACAAUCAUCCACCAGCUGCAAACGAAAAUAAUUUAAAAAAUGCUAGUGAUACUAUCAAAUCAUCAUCUUACACUGAUUUAAGUACUAACAAAGCGCCAUUGCUUGCCCCAUCUCCUUCCCUUAAUCAACAUAGAUCUGAAUUAGCAUCAGUAACAGCUAGUCCUGGCGGAGCAUCACAAACGGCGACUGUUGUAGGAACAGUAGUGGAAGCAGGUCAAACUCCUUCUGAUGGCGCUCCCAUAACGACUCAAAUGCAACCUGAAUCAACGAGCGGCAAAAUAGCACCAGCUGCCGUACAAAGCCCAGCGAAGAUUUGUAAUAGCUCCGUUCCCAUUAGUUCCAGUAGUGCAAAGAAGGACAACAGUGAAAUUUGCCGACGUUCAUCGGAUUCAGAUUUGAGUGUCACGCCAAAAGUAUUGGGCCGCAAAAGAAAUUCUAUUUGCGUCGCAAGUGAACGUCUCGCAGCGGCCACCGCCGUGAUGCGUGUCAGUGGCCCAACGAGGACUUCACUGAAUCAAGAUUCCCUAGAUAUGUUAGAGUACCCAUUUCUUACAAUGAUCAAAUAUCCAUCCGGAUUCAUCAUUCAUUUAGGUGCAACUGUGGCAGCGCGGUCGGUUAAACUGCUGGAACGUGUACCAAAUCCAGACGAACCAGAAGUACGAGAUUCGUGGUGGAAAGAAAUCAGAAUGGAAGUUCGAUCCCAUGCCAGGUCAUUAGGAUGCAAUGUUGUUUUGGGUUACACGGAAGUUACUGCUAUAUCGGAAGAUGUUUGUGUACUUUCUGCUACCGGUACAGCAGCCGUUAUCAAUAUGUCCCACAAUAGCGAUCCAAUGCAAAUGGAAGCGCAAUCCUCCUCAAAGAAAGACUUAAUGGUAUCAUCAUUAGAAGAAGCUCGCAACAGUUUACGAAUGCAAGAGAGAAACGAGAUGAGUGCUUCGCUUGGAAGCGGUCCCAAAGGCGUCCCGUCUAGUGCUUCUGUUCACAAUUACCGUUGCUUCAUGUGUCACAUCCCAUAUAGUCAAUCGUCAGUUCCUUUCAAUGUAAAAAUGAAGAAAUGUGCUGUAUGUAAGCGAGGAAAGGUACCAGAUGUACUUCUAGCAACAAUAGAAAUUCCCGAGUGUCUGCAAACUACCGGCAGAGGUUGCUUUAUCCAAGCUCAAGUUGUACGUGCCAAAAAAGAUCUACGAGCUGAAUCGAAUGCGAAAGAAAUUUCUGAUGGUUUGCCGUUUCUAGAGUACGAAUUGCAUCGAUUACUAAUCAAUAAGUUAAAAGCAAAGGGCAUGAAUGCAAUAUUUGGCCUUAAGACACAAAUAGCUGUGGGUGAGAAACUAAUGGCUUUGAUUGCGACCGGUACGGCUGUAUAUUUAUCAGCUCUGCCAUCACCCACUUGCCCAAAAAUCGUGGCCGGUAACUCGUGGACAGAUACGGCGAAGUUGAAUGAUCUUCAAAAGUCAUUGUUAGAGACUUUCGAACGAAAUCGAGAAAUCUAUCAACUGAAAUGUAUAGAUCCGGACUUGCAGAAUGGGAGACAUUCAGAUACAGAUGAUUCAGAAGACGAAAUGCCCGAAAUGGAUUUAGCGACUGGAGGAAAAGAUGCUUGUGUUUUAGAAAUAGAUGAUAUUGAAGAUUUAGAGAUUAUUACUUUACUAAUGGAGCCUGUACCGCCAGAUGGUUUUUACGUAGUCAAUACACAAUCGAUUCCUGGUCUCCAAGAUCUUGAAGUUGUAAAAAAUUUACAAAUGUUUACGCAAGUCUGGAAGGCGAAACUCACUCUUGGGCAUGGUAUUGGGCAUUUUCCUAAACACUUUCAAAGAAUUCUUCAAACUAUUUUCUUCAAGUUAAGAACGUUAGUGCCAUGCGCAAUUUGUGAUCUUAGGUUUAGGUUAGAGCUUCCAGAGAGCGAUGAAAUUCAGUUGUUAGUAACUGGCAUGGCUCUUGGCCUGGGUGAACCCUCCAGAUACAACAGAGCCCGUCGAAAGACAUUUUCUGGGGGAAAUAGUACAACAAAUGAUAAUUCAAAUGCAUCGUUUGGCAGUGCGAUUGCUAAUAUUGCCGCAGCUCAAAAGCAGUCGGAUGAAGAACUUAUCUUCAGUUUGGAUGAAGACCAAACCAUGGUUAAUGAUCAAACAGCAGCCGUAAAUCAACCACCCUUGUCCAGUUCCAAUUUCGGCGCACAUUCAUUGCGGUUGCGUAAGGCGUCACCAACCAGAACGACCAGCUUGAAUCCGACAUUUCGAUAUUCACGACAUCUUCCUGUUCGAGAUAGAUAUGGUGUCGACAUAACACCUUUGAGUUACGUGACCGGAGGUCGCAUCGAAAAAUAUUUAGGGAACUUGAAUUUCUUUUUCAUUAGAGAGAGUACGUCGGUUAGAGAAAAUGGCGGUAUUAGCGGCUUUGUUCAUGGCUUUAUUACGGAAAUUUUGUCUGUAGUUCGCGCCCAUGUUACAGCAUUAGGUGGCAACGCAAUGGUUUCGUUUUAUAUGACAGAAUUACUUCUAGUCGACAAUCAGCACAAAAAUCAGGGUCAGUGUCUUGUGAAUAUCGGUGGUGAUGCAGUCCAUGUUUCUUACUUUGCCGAUGACUGAUAUAUAAAAUUGCGAGGCAUUUAGCGUUCGUUUUAUCUGUCACGGCCAAAAAGUGUUCUCUAGUAAGAAAGCGAAAGCCUCCAUUUUCCUUUUAGAGGAUAAAAACGAGAAGGCCUAAUUGUAGGAUCAAGGCUCGAGUACUUUAAUGAAUGUCGGAAUCGAAAUGUGCUGUAUGUUUUUUUUAUUUAUUUGAGUUUGUAGCGGCUCUUACAUGACAUAUUAUCGACAAUUUAUGUUGAUUUUGUCGUGAUUUAUUGCGCUCAGUAGUUGGGCUGGAAAAGUUUUUCCAACGCAACUAUUGAUAUGUUAAAAAAGUUGCAAUAUUAGUAUUAUUGUAUAUUAUCCUGUCAACGAAAUACUUAAUUUUAAAGAAUUUUUUAAACAAUUUUUCCCUUUUUUCGAAAAUAUUUACUUUUUACAAGGCAAGUUAACAUUCGUUGCGUUUAAAGUUUUAAAUCUUGCCUAAAUGAACAAAUUGAUAUGACAUUCAAAUUAUGGCACGAGAAAAAAUGUUAUCGAUGUGUAUUAUUUCAAAAGUAUUUUUGCCAAAAAUAAAUCGUUGUUGUUUGGUAAUGAAUUCGCUCUUCAAUAGAAAACUUGAAUUGCUCAAUAACGGAAGUCGACUGGACGUUUCACAGAAGUUACAAUAUUUAUAGGAAUUUUCGAACUGGACCACAUACAUAUAUAGUUAUAUUUUUAAAUGUUGCGUAACAGAGAACAAUAAAGUGAAUUAGUAUUUUUUAUGAGAUGUAGUCGAAAAGUGUACUUUCAAGAGAUUGCCAUAAUAACGAAACGACCUAAUCUGAAGAGACAUCCAAUUAGUUUUCUAUCGAGGCGAAUAGUUUUCCUAGGAUUGUAAGUAAAACAAUAAUGUUAAAUAGCAUCACAAUAAUUCAAUAAAACGUU